CACCGGCUGCCAGCGCGGCGGCGGGUGGGGCAGCCAUGGCUGUGGACAUCACGCUGCUAUUCAAGGCCAGCGUGAAGACAGUGAAGACCCGAAACAAGGCACUGGGGCUGCCGGCGGGGGACGGCGCCCGCGACGAGCUGCUGCGUCGGGGGGGGCCGCGGCCCCGCAGCGACUUCUCCGCCCGCGCCCGCGACGUGAUAACUAAUAUUGGUAAACUGAAAGAUUUUCUUCUGCAACACAGAAAAGACUACAUUAAUGCUUACAGCCAUGUUAUGUCUGAGUACAUGAGAAUGACAGAUACAGAACGUGAUCAGAUUGAUCAAGAUGCUCAGAUAUUUAUGAGGACAUGUGCUGAGGCCAUUCAACAGCUGAGAACAGAAGCACUCAAGGAUGUCCUACCUCCACAAGUGAAGGAGCACAGAGCAGCUGUCUUGGAUUUUGUUGAAGACUAUUUAAAAAGAGUAUGUAAACUGUACUCUGAACAGAGAGCCAUCCGGGUCAAACGAGUGGUAGAUAAGAAAAGAUUGUCCAGACUUGAACCUGAGAAAAGUAAUAAAUCUGAAGCUGUUUUUUCUCCUGAAAAUGUUUCAAAAAACUCUUUAGACAAAUCUGAAGAAAAACCUACUUCUGAAGAAAACAAAGAGAAGAAUCUGACAGAUGCCCAAACUAACUUUGGGCUUUGGGGAGAUGGCAGAGGCGAAGAUGAGCUGUCACCUGAAGAAAUUCAAAUGUUUGAACAAGAAAACCAGCGACUUGUUGGUGAGAUGAAUAGCCUGUUUGAUGAAGUGAGACAAAUUGAAGGGAAAGUGGUUGAGAUCUCCAGGCUUCAAGAGAUAUUCACAGAAAAAGUCCUGCAACAGGAAACUGAAAUUGACAAUAUUCACCAGUUAGUUGUGGGUGCAACAGAAAAUAUUAAGGAAGGCAAUGAAGACAUAAGAGAGGCAAUCAAAAACAAUGCUGGAUUUCGAGUAUGGAUCCUUUUCUUCCUUGUGAUGUGUUCGUUUUCCUUACUUUUUCUGGACUGGUAUGACAAUUAAUUAAAAACAAAACAUGGCAUAUGUGCUUUGCUUUAGACUUGUUUUUUCCUCUUGAAGUGAGACAUACUGUUUUGUUAUGCAGUUUUAGAACUGGUGUGGCUGAAAUACCUUCCAGCAAAGAAAUAAAUGGGGAGUGUGGACAGAAAGUGUGUAUCCAAGCAUAUAUCCGCUUAUGCGGAGUGUACCUACAUCAUUUAAGUUCCUUCAGCAGCUUCACAAAAUAAAUGUAGUCUUGCAAAGAGAAAUCCAUUAAUCUGCUAGCAAGUGAAAACUAGGCUGUAGCUUUUUAAGCGGCAAGAAAUUUUCAGUAAGAUGUAAAUUAUACAGUAUUAAGAAACUGUUGUCUGUAAAACUGUUUUCUUUAGAUGACUGCUGGUAAGUUCACAAUGUGGGCAGGAUGCACAACAAAGAAAAGUUCUGCAACAAAGCCUUACAUUUUUCCAUCAUCUCAGGCUUCUGUUUAAUCACAUCACUUCAGUGUUAAAUGUAGUACUGUUCUGUAAGUAUGACUACCAGUCCUAAUUCUACAGAAUUAGUGUGGCCAGUUUACUAGUUUUUGUGGAUAAAAAAAUCAAGUCAGUCAAAAUAAAAAAAA